CACUUCCAGUAGAUGAAAUCAUGAAAAUGCCUUGGCUGAAAUCGCUAAAACAAACCUUAUAAUGAUGAGUAAUACAACAAUUCCAUACUAUUACCUUAAGAAAAAAUAAUUUAUACGACUUUGAUUACCUUCGUCAUCCUUCGGCUGGGUUUGCGACCUAUACUCAGGUGUGACUUUAAAAAAAAAAAUUAAAAUAUAUAAAUAUAAUUUCACGUUUGAUAUUUUCACAGACAGCCGCUAGAGGGCACUCUAGGCUUGUGUACCAGUAUCAGCAACUCCUGGACCACUAAAAAUUGACAUGCUCGUUAUGUUCACACUGACAGCCGCUAGAGGGCACUGGUGCGACUUAUACUCCAGAGCGACGAAUACGGAAAAUACUGUAGUUUUAAUUACAGUCCUAUUCUGAAGAUUUACAUCAGUAUUAUUCCAUAUUUACACGUUUUUUUUCCUUCCUCUACUUUAUUUCUUGCAUAAAGACAUUUGUUUGAAAUUUUGGAAAUAGCUUUCACUCGGGUACAACGUUUUAAGUAAGAUAUGUCACACAAAUCUAUAAUCUAUUUCUUCUUUUUUGACUCCUUAAAACAUUGCAUUUUAUUACUACCUCUGCCUUAGGACGUGUGCCCAUGAAGUCGUCACCACUGGUCCUGCUAUUCCUAUUUGGCAUCCAGGAUGUAUUGAUAGGAGGUGGACUGGCCAAAGGUUCUGGGGCUGCCAACCACAAGACCGGACAGCAGAUGGCAAAUAAUCAAAGCACAGCUCAGUCACAGCAAUCCUCGGCGGACCGACUUUUUGAAAACCAUCUCUCACAGAAGCAUCAAAGGAGCAGUCACCACCGGAACAGGAAGAACCACCGUUCGACGUCACAAACCCAUGACAGGAGUCUAGCCGCGAAGCACCCUGCAUCUCUUGACCCUUCCAUCGCAAAGGUGGAUCACAAACUGUUUUUCAACCGACGUUACAAAUCUUCACCUCGUGUUGUGUUCAGCGAAGUUCUACCAACGUACAAUGCCCUCGAAGGUAAGGGCGACGACACUGAAGAGGUGAGGGGGCUGAGGAUAAGACGUAGAGCAGGAUUGCACACAAUGCACCGAGGAGUGUAUUCGGUGUGCGAAAGCAUGAAUACAUGGGUAGGUAACAUGACCCGAGCCACAGAUAUAGCUGGCAAUGAGGUAACGGUGCUACCAAAUGUUACAAUCAACAACGUGGUCAAGAAACAGUUUUUUUUUGAGACCACCUGCCGAUAUACGAAGAGCGAGGGAAAUUCGAAGGCAGGCUGGGUUGGUGCGGGCCUUCGCAAACCGGGCCGCAAACCAACCAACGCGGGCUGUCUUGGCAUCGAUAGUCGCCACUGGAACUCCUACUGCACUAACACACACAUUUUUGUUAGUGCUCUGACCAUCUUCAAAGAACGGACAGCCUGGCGUUUUAUCCGCAUCAACGCGGCUUGUGUGUGUGUCCUUAGUCGGAAGUCUUGGUCAGGACGACUGCCACACUGACUGACUACUACGCUACUAGCAACCACACACACUUUUCCUAACAGGUCACUGCACAUUUGAAUAGUAUCGUCCUAUAAACCACUAAUUAACAGUUCAACAGCCUUAUCUGUCUGACCUCUUGGCCCCUGACCCUACCUCAGUCCAAAGACAAUCCAGUUUGUUUUAAGUUAUAAAGCCAAGCAAUACAUAUUUAUAGUUUAUGCAGUCAAACAUAUACAUACACACACUUAUAUACAUAUACACACACAUAUAUGUGUAUAUACAGUAUAUAUAAUCAAAGCAAUAUCUAUUAUGUUUUCUAUUGUCAAUGCUGUUAUUUAUUAAACAGUCAGGGUUUUUUUUUCACAGAAACAUGGUAUCUGUUUGUUUUUUUCACAUGCUCACCAUAACAAAAAGUGACGUUUGGGAGUGGCACUUUGGCCCAGAGGCAAUGUCUCUGUCAUUAGGGUGGAACCCCAGGGUUCACCUCCUGGGCAAGUUUGAAUCCCGGUUAGGG